AUGGAGGAAUUCGCCAAAGCUCUGCUUGAGUCGCAAAGGCUCAUGCAAGAAAAGAUGCUCGAACAGCAACAAAUCAUCGUACAACUUCUUCAGCGUCAGCAACCUGGCGUCGGAGGUGAGCAGCAAAUCAACCUUCCCGGCGACUCCAGUUCUCGCAGGAUCAAAGAUCUGGCCGAUUCAAUGCUCCCAUUCGAGUACAACCCAGACGAAAACGCAGUCUUCGAGCAGUACUAUGCUCGAUACAAAUCGAUUUUUGAGGUCGAAAAUAAUGAUCUCACCGACACUGCAAAAAUCCGAUUGCUCCUCACAAAGUUCAGCACUUCGGAUUUUCAGCGAUACGCAGAUUCGAUCCUACCAAAAGAGACACAUGAAAUCUCUUUUACUGACACCAUUAAAUCGCUAAAAAAGCUUUUUGGACACCGACAGACAAAAUUUAGCCUUCGUCACAAAGUUUUCAGCCUUCAUAAGGAAGACAAUGAGGACUACAGCCAGUAUGCAGCUCGCAUUAAUAAACACGCUGAAAAAUUCGACAUCACCAGCUGCACCGCCGAUGACUUCAAAGUUCUGCUUUUUGUCAGUGGUCUGAAAAGCCCACAAGAGUCACGUGUUCUCGAGAAACUUCUGACAAAAGUCGAGCACCAAUACGUGCAAUUCGAAGCGUUCACCGACCAAGCUCAGAUCGCUGCUUUCGUAAAACUCCAGCUUGACGACCUGGUCAACGAGUGCCAUCGCAUGCGAAGCCUGGAAAAGGAUAAAGAGACCGUCGUUGUAUCAUCUUCAGGAUCAGAAGUCCACGCAGUUCGUCAGGGCUACAACAAACAAAAGGAGUUUCCCAACAAGAGUUCGUCUCAGUUGAAUCCACAAUCGUCAUCGAGUUUCCACUCCAAUCAGGGACCUUGGAAACCGAAAUGUAAAUUCUGCGACGGCGUUCACUGGCACAUCAAUUGCCCAUUCAAAGACAAGGAGUGCUCCGAUUGCCACCAGACCGGUCACAAGCCUGGUUUCUGCGAAAAAGCCCGAAUUUACAUCAAGAAACUCCAGCAGAAACGCUUGCGAAACCUCUCUGGCCCAACAAUGAAUCAUCAGACUUAUCAGGUCUCAGACAUCAACUCAGUCGACAUUCAGCGAAAAUUCAUUGAGCCGGACGUCAACGACAAGAAACUCAAGCUGCAGUUCGACACAGCAUCAGACAUCACGAUAAUCUCAAAAUUGAAUUGGGCUCAUCUCAGAAGACCGACGCUUCAACCAGUUACAAAAGCAACCAAAAGUGCAUCGGGAGACUCGGUCCCACUCCUCGGACUUUUCCCGUGCGUCGUCAAAUUCAAAGGUCGUGAGGAGUUCACCGAAUGCUACGUUUCAUCGCGUAAUCUCAACUUGUUCGGAAAUGACUGGAUUAAUAAGUUUGACCUUUGGGACACACCAAUCAACCGAAUCUGCAACGCAGUUCAAGUCGACGGAAGCAACGAUCUCACCGCCGAGGUUAUCAAGAAGUUUCCAAUUCUUUUCUCAGCUGGGCUUGGCCGAUGCAACACGACAAAAGCGUCCCUCGUGCUGAAAGAACAGGUAAAACCCAAAUUCUGCAAACCCCGAACAGUUCCAUUCGCAGCUCAGAACCAAGUCGCAACAGAACUUCAGCGACUCCAGCAUUUGAAAAUACUCACCCCGUGCAAAUACUCCGAGUGGGCAGCGCCAAUUGUCGUUGUCAAGAAGAAAAACGGUAAACUACGCAUCUGUGCAGACUACUCGUCGGGCCUCAACGACAGGCUCGAGUCUGACAAACAUCCGUUACCAACUCCAGACAAAAUUUUCAUGCAUCAGGCCGGCAAGAAAACCUUCAGCAAAAUUGACUUGUCAGACGCCUUCUGGCAAGUUGAACUCGACGACGGCUCAAAAAAGUUGAUGAAAUCAACACGCAUCUCGGUUUAUUCACAGUCAACCGACUUCAGCAGGCUUAAAACAGCUCCAGCAAUUUUCCAGCGUCUCAUCGACACCACUCUCAGCGGUACCAAUACAUUCGGUUUCAUUGAUGACAUGAUUACAGCCGGAAUCGACGAAACAGAUCACAAAAAGCAACUCUUCGAGACACUUCAACGACUUCAAGACGCAGGAUUCAGACUUCAGGCUGAGAAAUGCGAAUUCGGAAAAUCCUCCGUCGAGUUUUGCGGUCAUAUUGUCGACAAUAAAGGAAUCCGACCACAUCCUGACAAGCUGCAGCAAAUUCAGGACCUGCCAAGACCUCAAGACGUCUCGCAACUUCGAUCCUUCAUCGGCGCGGUCAACUACUACGGAAAAUUCAUCAAGAGCAUGAAAGAGCUACGCGGACCACUGGACAACCUCCUUUGCAAAAACACGAAAUUUGAGUGGAAGGAAGAACACGAAAACGCUUUUAUCGAGCUCAAAAGGAUCCUCGCUUCAGAUCUCGUCUUGACUCACUACGACCCGAAGAAGAAGCUUGUACUGGCAUCCGACGCAUCAGCAUAUGGAAUGGGAGCGACUCUUAUGCAUCGGUUUCACGACGGAAGUCUUCACCCGAUAAUGUGCUGGUCGGGUACGUUCAACGAAGCUGAAAAGGGCUACUCGCAAAUCGACAAGGAAGCGCGAGCGUUCAUCUUCGCUCUCAAGAAGGCUCACGUGUACAUCGCAAACCGACAUUUCACUGCUCAGAUCGAUCACAAGCCGUUACUGUGA